UUUUACUGAUCGAACAGCAUUACAAAGAACAGUAAAAAAACGAACUGGAAAACAUAAAAGACGCAGACGUAAACCUCUCCACAAAAACGCUAACAUUCUCGAAAUAGUUAUGGCUAAAGGUUCAAGUCCAACAUCGGAUUCAAAACUGAAUAAUUCAAUCAUCAAGGAUAUCAUAAAAAAACUGAACGAGAAUCCAGAGACUAGUUUGGAGGAGUUCAAGGACAUUCAAGCAAAUACGACCUUGAAUGUAUUGUGGCUGGAAAAUUUGGUAGAUUCUCCUAGAAAUUUUACAUCAUCUAAGAACCUAAAAGCUUCUGAAACCACAGAAUCAACUGGAACAAUUACAGAAACUACUACACGAUCAAAUACGAAACAGAAAAUUAGGAAAAGAAGAAGAAAACUCAAAAAGCGUAAACGGAAAGGGAAACCAGCACAAACAAAACUUGAAAUGGCUACUUCGACAGAAAUGUUUCUUCCAAAAAUUUCGUACUUGAAUAACUCCUCUACCAACGCAGAGUCAGAGAACUUGAGUAAUAUACAUUCAAAGGAGAGUUUUUCGUCUACAAAUUUUUGGGCGGAAAAUUUAGUAGCUCCCAUUCCGAUUACUUCUGGAGUACCAACAUCGUUCACAAACACUGCGAAACUUCCAUCCGGUACUGGAAAUAAAACGAUAAAUGUGAAAUAUGGUAGGAAUGUAGGAAGAUGUAGAAAGAAUAGAGGCGGGUGUGCUCAUAUUUGUAAUCCCAAAGGACCGAAUAGAUGUUCUUGUCUUGAAGGAUUCUUUUUAGCCAGAGAUCGCAAAUCCUGCUACGGUAAGCUAACACCCAUUUCUUUCAGAUAUUUCCUUGAUAGCUUUCUUCAAUGGAUAUUUUUCUUUGGUCAUGAGGAACGUGACUAG